AUGGCCGAGGAAGGCAUUGCUGCUGGAGGGGUAAUGGACGUUAAUCCUGCUCUGCAAGAGGUGCUGAAGACCGCCCUCAUCCACGAUGGCCUAGCACGUGGAAUUCGGGAAGCUGCCAAAGCCCAUCUUUGUAUGCUUGCAUCCAACUGUGAUGAGCCCAUAUAUGUCAAGUUGGUGGAAGCCCUUUGUGCUGAGCACCAAAUCAACCUGAUUAAGGUUGAUGACAUCAAGAAACCGGGGGAAUGGGUAGGCCUCUGUAAAACUGAUGGAGAGGGAAAAAUACCUGAAGUGGUUGGUUGCAGUUGAGUGGUGGUUAAGGACUAUGGCAAAGAGUCUCAGGCCAAGGAUGUCAUGGAGGAGUACUUCAAAUGCAAGAAAUGAUCAAAUU